ACGACAACCGUUAACCUGAAAUUCACGUGACUUUUGACAUACUGUUACAGCAUGAACAAGGCUGUUUACAGAGGAAGGCAUUUCUUGAUCAAAUUCAAAAACCUCUUUGGCACUGGAAGGUCUGUUGUCCUGUCACCAAAAUUAUGCAGUGAAGAUCUACAGGGUCAAAAACAAACCGUACGUAAGAAGUUUCUGUGUGCCUCGUAUAUAUUUGUAUUCCUUUCGAAGUCAAUGGCUCUAUUACGCUAAAGUUUGCUUAUGAUCUCAGCUUGAUUAAAGUUAAUUAGUACGGUAGUAACGAGCACAUAAACCUACUAAACCGCUUGCUUUUAUAUAAACUUGGCAAUCGUAAAAAAAAAAAAUAGGGAAAAUAUUAAAAAUAGCGCUAGUUAAGAAAAACAUCAGAGAUGAACUACUUUGGUACUUGCUUAUGAGACUAUGAAAGUAUCGUGUUUUAACAAACAAAAUCACAGAGCUUCAUCACAGAGAACAGACAAGCCCCGCGCCGCAGUACAUAAAAACGUAAAUAUAGCGAACUUGCUGUGACUUGCUGAGCUGUAGCGAUAUUUUAAGGUGGCAUUUCUUUUUCCUUUCACCUGACCAAAGUUAAUUCCGCUUAUUUUUUUUUCUGCUUUUAACCUUUUUGUUUUUGUUUAAAUAAAUUGCGUAAUAGAUCAACCACCAAAACGCAGAGCAAACUGAAGGGGGCGGAGUAGGGGCGUGUGCGCAAGAUGGCGAUAGAAGCUGAACAAUUUGUGGAUUCGUACAAACGAUAUGUGCCCUGGAGAAAAUUUUUGAAAGAUAAUAUAAUAACCUUAUUAUUAUUAUUGGAUAUUCACGUUUUAAAUAGCCUUAAUUUGACGGCUUUUUGUAUUAACGCAGCAUUCCGAUGCUUUCAAUCAGAAAGUAAGGCAGUUGGUUGAUCUUUUUUUAUAAACUCCGCUGUGUAAAAACACUGCUGUCACAAGUGGUCAUGGGUUCGUCGUGUCACAAGUAGACAGCAAGUAGACCAAGAGCUACAUUAGAAGAGUAUCAGACUGGAAAAGGCCUGAUUUACAACAAUUUUUCGCUGUAAAACUGCACAGGUCAGAAACAGAAGGUUUUAGAAGGGUAAUCAUAAUUUGUGUAAAAUAUAUUUGAAGUUCAGUGAGCCCGUGUAUUGGUCACGAGGCCGGAUGGGAAAUUUUUAUCCCGCCAAGUUUUCGUGGUUGAAUAUAAACAUUAUGUAAAUGUUCAGGCAGUAACAGUUGUGUCCUGAUGAGAAAGUAGAAACAUCCAUGUUUUAAAAUCACUGAUGCGAGCUGAAUUAGUUGCUCUGUCCGGAAGCGCAUUAUUUUGAAUCAAUGCGCGCUAUGGCAUUCAAUACCCCUGGCUCAGCCAGGAAUUUCUGUUUUUGCCUUGAAACUGCUUUGAUUCAAAGGCCAAAUUUUUAUAGGCUCUCCCAACCCCCACUACAGCCUAAAGAGUUAGGACUUUAAUUAUAGCAUUUUUUUGUUGCUUCUGCAGAGAAAAAUGAGUUCUAAACCAAUUUAUAAACCAGCUGACAGACUUCUUGGACAUGACAAGAAUGUAUGGUAUGUAUAUGUAAAGUAAGCGGCCAUCCUCAGGGUACGGGCUAAUGGCCACUUUUUGGCUGCUCAAUAGGGAUUCAUUGUAAAAAUCAGCAUAAUUUUUAGCAGAAACUGAUCAUUUUUGUUUUAAACAAAUUUGUGACAUGAGUGCUCAGCAUUACUACACCACAAUCAGCCCUGACCCUUAAUCAUGGACUGAAUUUUUCUUCAUCAUACAGUGAAACCUCAAUGUAACGAACCUCUUUAAUGGUAUAACGAACGAUUUUCUUUUCCCCAGGAAUAGUAAAGUAUGUGAAAAAGAACCUCCAGAUAACGAAACCUCAUUGUAACAAACACAGUAUGCCAGUCCCCUGGGUCUUUGUUUUAUCGAGGUUCCACUGUAUUUUGAAAUAAAGUCAAACAACUGUAUGAGCAAUACAUUAAGGUGAUUCCAUAGUAAAAGAACCUAACAUAGAUUAUAGCUGAAACUUGGUACACUGAUGUAACAAGUCAAGGUAAUGAUAAAAAAGUAAUAAAAAGUAGGGGUCACCGUGCUCGUUUUGACGUCACAAUGCUGCCAAAUACGGCUAUUUAGGACCCUUUUACAAAAACCGCGGGCAGCCCAAAACUAGACAAAAAGGAGAGAUUUUUUCAAUGAUGCAUGUGGCAUCACACAGAAUUUGACUUUAAUGUAUUGUUUAUCUACUUACGUAACAGAAAAAUGCCUUUUAAUGCCCUUGUUUUUACUUUAUGCUCCAAAGUAAAAUUAAAUUGGACGCGCGCUUUUCGACCCGUGAUGGCUCAAUCCGUACAAUUUACUAAAAUUGCCAAAAAACUGAACAUACAUUUGUGCCAAUUUUCUUUUUCAUCGAAAGAAAGCACUGUCCUUAUUAAAAUCAUGAAAUAAAAAAUGGGGGUCACCGUACUCGUUUUUGCGGUAGAGCUGCAGAAAGUGCGCACCAAAUGCAUUUUCUCCGAUUUUUGAGAGAGGACUGGGGCGAGUUUCAAAAUAAAAGAUAUGUGAAAGGGGGAAGAAAGUAUUAAAAAAUCCGUUUUUACAGAAUUUACAUCGAGAUGUUACAUUUAGGACACAAUGUGAUAAAGAAAGUGUUUAAAUGAAAAUCAAAGUGAGUAAGGACAAGUUAAACAUCAACUAUCGAGGUUCUCCAAGAGGAGGUCGAACUCAGCAACACGCGUACUGCUUACGUUAUGCGCAUUCCCAACACGUUGAGUCUCACCUCGGCAAGAAACAACAGCAAGCAAAAAUUCCAAUAGUGUUUCUCUUCAGUCAACUUCAUUUUAAUAAUGUUACUUCACAUGUUCUUUUUUACGGCAGCCAUCUUGUUAUGCGCAGUAAGAGAUGCGCAGUGCAAAACUAGGGAAUCACCUUAAGUAGUUAUUGUAACUUGAUCAGUUGCCUUUUUAUGUUACAGGGUGGAGUUCACUGCUUUAGCAAGGAAAUGUAAGGCAGUUAAUUUAGGGCAGGUGAGAAAUGGUUGAAUGGUAAUUAUUACCAACCCCCAUUCAACAGAGUUAAUUUAAAGAAAAUGAAACAUUCCCUUUUACUAGACUAGAAUUUCAGCAAGUCUGUAGGCAAUGAAAAUAGAUAUCAGCAUAUUGUGAGACAGUGAUACAGAUGGCUUUUGCACAAAGUCUUAGCCUACAUGUAGCCGCACCCUCUCCCCGACAAGGGAAAAAUGGAAAAAAAAAACAUUUUUCAUUUGUCGGGGGAAGGGUUGGGCUACACGCAAGCUAACAAAGUCUUUGCCAUUCAGUCCAGGGGCGGAUCCAAAGGGUGCACUGCGUCUCUUGCUCUUUCAACACCAAUAAACCAGUUUUUUUUUUUUUUCAGAAUACCAGUUUUAGAAAAAGGUCAUUUGGAUCUCCCCUGCAGUCAAUAUAAUGAUUGCUACAAGUUAUGUAAUAUUACUGUUAGUCUUACAUAUUUUAGACUUUCAACUUGAUGCUGAGAAAAUUAAAACAGUCUUGCUAGACAACCAUUAUACCUCACUUUGAUUGUUCAUGGACAGAGAACAACAUACUGGACAUUACUCAAGUCAUACUUGUGGCUUGAAUUAACCUUAGUUUUAAACCCCAACAUCAAAAUUCAAAUUCUCAUUAGUUGUUUCUAUAUGUUUCCUAUAGAAAUAGUGGGGAGAAUAUGUUGAAGGAUCAAUGAGAUUCACCUUCUGUGAUCAUGUCCUUAAUUCUUAUGACCUCUCUGUUUUAUAAAGCACUGAUAUUAGAUAGAGAAAUGUCAUGCUCAACACUCGUAGGGCAUGUAGUACCACUGGGUGAUUUUGAGUAAUGACACUAUAUAAUUAUGUAUAAAUGCUAUAAUAAACUGUGAUUUAGACAUCAAACCUUUUUUUUAAAGGGAUUUCCAGAUUUUGCUCCACCACCCAUCAUUUCAGAGGCUCUUGGAAAAGUUGCGUCAAGUAGUGACAUCUCUGUUAACCAAUACACAAGAAGUCAGGUGUGUGAUUGUAAUUAAUAUUUAAUGACAUUGUGCUUCCUUUAUCCUGUGCCUAGUUUGGUGUUUGCAGUCUAACUAAACUGUGUUGUAGUAGCAACUAGUAGUAGCACCUUAAUUUUGUACUGAACAGCAAGCUUAUUAUUUUUCCUUGACCUUCAAUGUUCCCCUCAGCUUGAUAUUUCAUGGUCCUGGGGAAACAAAGCUAAUGACUAUUUUCCUUGGGUCAGCCAGCAGCUGCUGGUUAAUAUCAUAGGCUGUAAAAGAACUUACUUAUCUGGCUCGAAUUGCUCUGGGAAACAGAGACAUGAUUUUGAAGUAGAAGUGAUGAAGUAAAAAACAGGCUAGCCAAAUAAAUAAGCAUGCAUAUUUUGUUUUCUUAGCUACUUCCCAGUUGAGUGCGUCAUAUGUACAGUACCUGGUUUACAAAUAGUACAAUCCAAUAAGCACUGUGUUUAUUGUUAGCCAAAAUUCUGGAGCAUCAUUGUGUAAAACAGUCAAGUAUGCAGUGAUUUUUGUCACCUCUGCAUCCUGCAUCCCUGAUGCAUAAAAAUCCUUGAAGGUGCAAAAUAAUUGAUUGAUUGAUUGAUCGAUCUGAAGAUGCUUUUGAAGAAUAUCCUGUGUGUGUGAUUUCGGUGGCUGUUAUGACCCACGUACUUCUUGAAGAUUUUUACCUAUUUGGAGAUUGCAUGUGCACAUCAAAUGAGGCACUGACAAUCAAGGGAGGCCCUAUUAAGUUCUUUAACAGUUUGAUACAGUCAGAUAGUGCAGGUCACUCAAAAUUAGUUUAUGCAAUACAUCUGGUUCUCUUCACUGACUCGCAGGAAAAGAAACUGUCAUUCUUAAUUGAUGGUGGUGUCAUGAGAGUUUGCCUUAUGAAUAAUGAUGCUGUCACGAUUUUUUUUUUUCAUUUUUUUUCUUCUUAAAAACAAGUGAGUGAGGGGAUCGGAAAGGGGGAGCUUAAUACAACAACAUAGUAUAGUUAAUAACAAAUUAUUAUUUUGCCUCUAUUAUUCAAGGGACAUCCAAGAUUAGUCAAUGCAAUCGGAAAACUAUACACAACUCUGCUGAAGAGAGAAAUUGAUCCUUUGUCUGAGGUAAGCUCCAAACUGAUUUUAGUUUCAGUCAAACGUCCAUGCAAACAACCAUCUCUCAAUAAUUAAUCAAACACUUCUCAUGAGAGUCUUUAAGUAUCAUACUUGAAAUCUCUGAUAAGCAGUCACCACAUCUAGACAACUGUGACCACUUUCUUAAGAAAAAAUUUUUCAUUGUAAAAUGUGAGACCAGUUGGCAUGUGGUCUGAUUUCUAAUGGUGCAAAUUAUAUAGUUCAAGGCCACAUCAGCUUUCUUACACAACUUGGUUAUCACUGAGAAUAUUAUGAAGGAAACCAUUUUGGUUAAACUCAGGUGUGUCAUUAUCAGUUUUAAAUGAACUGAACUGAAUUGUCAUUUUAUUUUUUCAGAUUUUGAUAACAGGAGGAGCUUAUGAGUCUCUGUUUUGUUCAUUUCAAGGCCUGAUAGAUCCUGGUGACGAGGUACAUAAGUGACAAGCGCAAGUUAUUUUGUAAAAUCUGGUGCUAAAUAGAAUAAAAUUUAAUUAUUGUCGGCGUCACUCAAUGGGGGAGGCAGUGGUAAUUAACAUACGCCCAAAAUGUGACCGAAAAACCCAACUUUCCAAGGACAUUUUUUGUAAUGUACUAAAAACUACCCAAAUACUCAGUAUACUUUCUCAGCAGAUUAAAACCACUGUAUUGUACCCUACAUUCAAGACCCUGGCCAACCCUGAAUCCUUUGACUAAUGAGACUGAUGAUACAGUUCAUGUAUUCUCUCUUUCCCUUGAGUCUUAAUGAUAAACUUUUCCCCCUCUGCUCUCUCAGUUUUUUCAAAAAUAAGCCAAGUGUCUCUGGCCAUUUGAUGAACUUACAUUUUGGCAUGCGUCAGAAUAUUUCUUUUUAAUGGCUACCUCUGCUGAACCACUUGAAGUUCUACACUGUACAGUACCAACCACUUGUAAUAGCCCUUAUACAUGUGUACAUCAGUCACAAAAAAAUUUCACCACCAAGUCAAUAUAUGAAUUUGCAAAGUUUUACUUAGCCUGAGAAAACAGUCAACAUUUUGCAACAGGGGGGGAGGGUGGUGGGGGGUUGCUCACCACUGGUUUCCCUAGGAAGUGACAUCUGAGAAACGAUUGCAGAAAUUCCAUUCUGAUGAUACAUCACUACCCAGAUCUGGGUAGUGCUUCUGAUUGGUUGUGCUGUCUGGGAAUUUUGCUUCAGCCAGUCAGAAGUGCGACUCAGAUCUGUACAGUGACACGUCUUCAGUAUGGAAUUUCUGCGCUCGUCUUUCAGACACCCCCUGAAUUUAAGGCAGUGUCAAUUAUUUCCACACUGUGCUGCAUAAUUUAAUUAAAGUUAAUGAUUUCAACUUUCUCUCUUCAGGUUAUAAUCAUUGAGCCAUUUUUUGAUUGCUAUUUGCCACAAAUUGCAUUUGCUGGUGGAGUUCCAAAAUUUGUCACUCUUAAACCUGUAAGCCCACUUUCAAACUAAUUUCAGUUAUAUACAAUUUAUUAAUUGAAUUAUACUAACAAUGAUACUUUUUGUUCACUUGAACCUGACAAAAGAAAACAUGUCGUGUGUAGCAUGUAUUAAAUCAUGAAUACACUGCGACAGUUAUGACUAUACACAAAAGGGUAAAAUUGAAGAACAGCCCCCCAAACAAUCUGCUAGUAUACUGUUGACCACAGUCUACCGACAGAUGACCGACGGUCAGCCAACAGAUGACCAACAAUGGGCCGACAAAUGACCAACAGCUGUUCUUCAAUUUUACCCUUAAAAAAAAGAGUAUACCAUGCCAUACUGUACAGUUUGAUGUUCUUGUCGGUUUACACAGUUGUUUUUUCCACUGAGUUUUCGCAAAUGGUUUCUUGUUGUGAUUUUCUUCAUCAGAAAGAAAAUGCUACUUCCACAAAGGACUGGAUUUGGGAUAAGGAGGAGCUAGAGUCGGCGUUUACUGAGAAGACCAGGGCAAUAGUAAUUAAUACUCCACACAAUCCCAUUGGAAAGGUGAAGUUCCACAGUGCAUUAUUCCUUUAGAUGCAUGAGGCAAAGUAGAUUUAUUUGUUAGCAUAAGAGUUGCCGUAAUUGUUUUUGUUAAGUUAUUGAAAACUUCAUAGUAGGUUGAGUAUGAUCGUUUGCCAGUGAAUGCAGUCCUGAACAGGACUGUUGUUGACAGUUACUGACAUUUUGACAACCUGUGUCGGUUAAGUCAAGGUGAGUUGUAUCACCUCAGUUGAUGGUAUUAAACUCUGGUUAUUGAUCUGAUUGGUCUUUGACUCUGAAGAGGGCUACCGUACUACCGUACAGGUCUACAGGUUGUCGAAGCGUCAGUCACUGUCAACAUGCUAUUCAGGAUUACAUUCACGCGGACGAUCAUACUCAACCUACUGAUGAAAUGACUCCUGAGUUCAAACCUUUCACAGUGUUAUGGAACUGUUUUAUAAUAAAUCGUCUAGGUGCUCAGUAUGGAAGAGCUACAAUUCAUUGCAGAUUUGUGCAAAAAGUACAAUGUGAUAUGUAUUAGCGAUGAAGUGUAUGAGUGGCUUGUCUACAAUGGAAUGCAGCACAUUAGGAUUGGUAAGGAACUCGUACCUCUUAAACUUGGAAUCUAAUGAGUGGUAAUUCUGUCUUUCCUUCCAUCCAGUAAACUUGUACCCUGGGUUUUAAAUCUCUUUUUUUCGCCUUGCGGGAGAAGUCCCUGACAUAUAUUUGAGGACGAAACUGAGAGGUCCUGCAGUUUUUUUACCAUGUACAGUAUUAAAAAACCUCCUCCCUCCAUAAGCUGUGAGAUACAAGUCAUUGCAUUCCAAACAUUCACAUAUUUAGUGGAGUAUCAUGCUGUAUACUUAUCCAUUGUACCAAAAUAUUGAAUGCCCGACUUGAGGAUUAUCAUGUGUUUCUAAUGAGGCAAACCAUGUAUGAGCAGAGUAUAAUUUAUGUACAGGUAUUAACAUCUAUUGGCAUUACAAAGUACAAAUUUUAAUUAUUUCUUAUCUGUCUUGUUUUAUUUCAUCACUAGCAACUUUACCUGGAAUGUGGGAGAGAACAGUAACAAUUGGCAGUGCUGGAAAGACAUUCAGUGUUACAGGGUGGAAGGUAAGGGAUUCAGCUCACAUCAUUUUCCAGCUCAUACUGACCAAGCUAGACUAUGAGUAGUCCCUCGUUUUUCAAUCACACACCUCUCGUUUCGCUCGCCCUACUAUCCCUGAGGAAAAAUGAGGGACUACUUGUAGUCUAUGACAAAGCUAGCCAAAGAAAUAUGGUUUUGCAAUGUGUCCUUUUCUCCAAAAAUUACUAGCACUUUAAACAGAUUAGCCUAAUAUAUCUGUUGUAGUUAAUUUUUUAUCUCAGUUAAUUUUUAUUUUUUCAUUGUUUUUGGGUGUGGUAAUGUACUGUACUAUAAUGAAUAUGAAAAGGAAAAAUAAAAAUUACCUGAAAUAAAAAAAUAAUUAACUGCAGCAUAUCCAUAAUGAGAAUUAAUUCAAAACAUAAAAUCAUAUUUAUAGUUUUUGAAGAGAGUAAAUAAAUGAUAGAUGAUAAAUGAUGGUGGUGAUGAUGAUGCAUGAUCAUAACUAUUGUUCCUAUAAAAAUUAAUGAUAAUAUUGAUAAUAAGGUACAUGUCGGUCUAGAAUCUUUUGUCUGCAUUUUGAAUGUUCAGUUCUCUGUCAAUACGCGUCAAGUCCCUUCUUGUUCUCAUGGAUAUGUUGUAGUUAAUUUUUUAUUUAAGUUAAUUUUUAUUUUUCCAUUGUUUUUGGGUAUCGUAAUGUAUGCUAAUGAAUUUAUAACAAAGGAAAAACAAAAAUUAACUGAAAUAAAAAAUUAACUGCAAUAGAUACAUCCUUAUGGUACAAAUGUGGAAAAAUACAGCUUAUGGUUUAAAAUUUGAGAAUGAAUAAUACAUUCAUUGUUAUUGUUGUCAGAUUGGUUGGUCCAUAGGUCCUAAAGAAUUAAUAAAGAAUUUACAAACAGUGCAAUCACAAGUGACAUACACCCUUCCCACGCCAACACAGGUACUUUAUUUUAUUUAUUUUAUUUGAUGCCAAAUUUAUUUUAACAUUAUUGUAAUAUUUUAAAAUGAUAUGCAAAGUUAUAUCUGCUUGGCAGUUUCCUUUCACAUGCAAAGUUCUUUUAACCUGUGACAUGUUACAUGUAAGUUGCAAGAGUGAUCAACAUCAAUUUUCUCCUGAUAAUAAUUAUGCAUACGUAAUCAAGAGAAGACAUAAUGAGAAUUAAUAAACAUGGUCACUUGAGGGAAAAUUCCUUGAUCUUUGUUAAUUCUCUCAGCUUAUUUUUUAACGAAAUGUAUGGGGAUCAGUCUGGAAAACUGAUUUGUAUGUGGAUAUUGAGGAUUGAAUUAGUUCAAGACAGCGUAAAUGUAUCAACAUGAAAACGUAAUGUGUGUCCCAUCCCCAUUUAAUCUAUCCUAUUUCCUUUCUUUAAUUGUUCUAAAAAACAAUAAAUGAUUGUAUUAUUUCAUUCUAUUCUUUUUAUCUUGUUUAUUUAAAGGAAGCCCUAGCACAAGCUUUUGAACAUGAGAUUCCUCUUGUUGGAACAGAAAAGUCAUAUUUUAAGGAACUUAGCAGUAUGCUGGAGAAAAAACGUGAUCUCAUGGCCAAACUACUCACUGAUGUUGGCUUCAAGCCUACAAUACCUGAGGGAGGCUAUUUUAUGAUGGCUGACACCUCUGACAUAGGUAAAGCAAGUUUGAUUGAUAAGCCUUUUCCUCGUACAAUUAUUUUAUAGUUUGUAUCGAAAUUGUGGUUUAAAUCAGUAAAGCACAGAAAAUGUUUAUGUAGCCACAGCAUCUUAGAGUUGAUCUUUAAAGUAAUUUAAAAUAUAGACCUUUUUUCUGGCACUGGAGUCAUUUGCCAAAAUUUAUCAUUUGCUUUAAUACAGUAGAACCAUAUUAAUAUAAACCACCACUGACUGGAAAAUGACAGUUUUUAUUACUACACUUCUUGUAAUCAUACUUUUUAAAUUAUUGUAUAUCUUUCUAAAUUAUUCAAUAACAGAUGUAUACAUUGUAACUGUGUAAUUUCUCUGCUGAGUAAUGUAUAUACUGUACUACACACUUUAAAUGAGUGGAAAACUCAGUGUAGUUUUUGCCUUUUCACUUUUCAAUCAAUCUCACACAAAGCAUCAUUUUUCCAUCUUUUACAUGAAAAGCAGUAGCUUAAAAUUAUUAAGAAGGGCAUAAUGUUCAGUCCAUUUGAUUUUGGCUGUCACAUCACAGUAGUGUGGCAAUGUAACAGGUCACCUUCCCAGAGCUAUUUCUUAGGGAGCUUAAGCAACUACCGCAGCCACAGCAGCGAAAAUGUCACCUGGAAAGUGAGUUCACACUGUUUCAAAAUUUAUUACUUUUGUUCCAUUUCAAACAAUUUAUUGUUGGGAAUUCUUCUGGAGUUGAAUGUAAAACAAAAAGAAGCAUGAUGCACGUGCAAAGUUGUUGCUUUUCUAAUCUAGACCAAUUGCUUUUUUGCCGCUCUCGUUGCCGUCACCAUCGUCAUUGCUUAAGCUCCCUAAACCUCUCCAAUAUGAUAUUGAAAGGUGGGAGACAUCACCAAACAAAAAAACUUAAUUGUUAUUUUUAUGCUCACAAAUGAGAUCAUGCCAUAAAGUCAUAUUUAUUUGAUACAUGUUAAAUGCAGAUGUGGAUUUUGAUGAAUAUGACAAAAGUGAUGACCCUCAGGACUACAAAUUUGUACGCUGGCUGACCAAAGAAAAGGUAUUGAGUUUCUACUCUUAACUUUCACCCUCCUGCCUGAUAAUAACUGGAUUGUACUGGGCCAGUUAACAUAUUGAAUGUCAUUUGCUUAAUCCAAGGCCGUACUCAAACCUUGGGUCAAAGGUAGCAACACUUAAAAAAACAAAAAGAAAAACAAUGGUCAGGGAAAAAUCUGGGGAAUCAUGGAAGUACUUAAUUAAUUUUCAGUUUGCCAUAGGGUUUUUUGAAGGUUAUCAAAUGAAUAAAAUGAAAAACAUUCAAUUUGAAUUUGCUUGAGUUUUAUUUCUCCAUAAAUCUUAGAAAACUUCCAGGUCUUGUAUAUGUAAAGAGUAAGUCAAAAGUGGGCAACUCUGUUCUUGCAUGGGACCUUCAAUAAUUGAUUGACAUAACAGUUUCCCUUUUUAAUAGUAUAAUGUUUUACCAUCAUUUUGAGUCAUUUUGGAGAUGUGACAUGCAGAUGUGUUACUUAGAUUAAAGUCGAACAUCUACACAUACAACGGCCACCUUGGGACAGAAGAAAGUGGCCGUUGUGUAGAGGUGGCCAUUAUAAGGAAGUUGGGGUGUUAUAUGACAAUUUUUUAGGGAGUACAACAUGUUUUUUUUGUGCUAAGUUCAUGCUUACUGUAUCCCAUAAUCAUGGUAAUCCAGUCAUAUAUACUUUAUAGUGAUAAUACACAAGACACUUGAAUUAUGUCAUGAAUCAAAAAUAAUGUUAAUGUGACAAAACAAGCAGGGUUCGCAAUUACGCAGCUGUAUAAAUGAAACAAAAUACGAUUGCCGUGAUUGAUCAUAAAUGUGCCGUACAGAUCAAUUCGUGACCAUUCUUGACUUUUUCAUCAGUCGCUCAAAAAACUGGCCAUUGUUGAGAGGUUGGUAGUUGGGGACAUGCAUUUGUUGCCAUUGCCAUUGUAGAGAGGUGGCUGUUGUGGAGAGGUGGUCGUUAGCGGAGACUCAACUGUAUGUAAUUAGUAAGGCUUUCAUUAAUAUCUUGGUAAGCACUCAGUAACCAGUUUGAUGUCUUACUUACUAGGGAAUUGCCGCUAUUCCCCCGAGUGCAUUUUAUUCUGCCCAGAAUAAACACUAUGGAGCCAAGUACAUUCGGUUUUGCUUUAUCAAGGUCAGUAUGCAAUAGUAUUCAGCCUCUUGAUCUGAUGCCGCUAGUUCCAUCCAGACUCCUCCUCAGGCCCUUCGUUUUUCUCAGUAUUCAGUCUGGUGAUGAAACCGCAAGGGACCAUGGGAAGGGUUGAUUUUCAUUGAGACAUCUGGCACUAGUUCCAUCAUUAAAUAACAUUUUUUGGUUGUGCUUUAUAUAACUGUUUUAAUGACCUAAAUAAACUUGGUGCCAAAAAAUCACUCCUACCUAUGGCUCUUUAAGUUCCAUCGGUGAAUGAGUUUUGAACAUUUUGCCACUCAUUGAACAUUUUGUCUACUGUGCAUGGAAAAUUGUGGAUUUGUUAAAUAAACUCUGAGUGUAAUAACUAGUGGUACGGUCAAACGCCCCAUAAAGCAACCACUAGGCUUUUAGCCAGACAUUGAAAACUGGCUGUCCAGAAGGCAUGUUUUCCCAUUAAAGUAUAAGAGAUUAAGUGAAUUUUCCUUGUUUUUCUUCCAAAAAUGGGUGUCCAUAGGACGGCUGGACACCCUUCUGGCUAAAACCUUAGCGACUACCCAAAAAUACAAGGAUUUUAGCUGCUUGCAGUUUCAGGAGGUGGUCAUACGUUGAGGUUCAACUGUAUUUUGAUUCUUUAAUCACUCUGUAGGAGGACAGUACACUUGAAGCUGGUGCAAAGAAAUUGAAAGAGUGGAAAGAAGAACUUGAGAGCAAAAAAUGACAUUACACGGCUGGCAGUAGGGUUUGGUCACAGUAAUUUACAGUAAAGUCAAACUUGCCAUGAAUUAUUACAAUUGGCUGCACAGCCAAAAUUUUAUUUAUUAAUUUCUUAUUUUCAUCAUUAUUUUGAGUUUAGGGAAAUUUGAAAAGGUUUCAGGAAAAUUAAAUAACAAAAAUAUUAUAUCUCUCAUUAAUGAGUUCAAGGUCCACACUGUACAUGUACAUUAAGGACCAA